GCGAGGGCCGCUCAAGAUUCCACGCGGAUUAUGGCGAGGAGAAAACAGGGUACGUUUUUUUUGCCUUUCCUUUCUCUGUCACUUGGAAACUCCGCUGCGUUUCUGUAAUAAUCUGAGAUCCAGACGCGAGACUGUCCUCAUUGACCCUCCCGCCGCCUGCACCGGAGCUGUGUCUAUGCACUUUGCGAUGACGCAGCCUUGCAUAAACUCGGCCCAUUUUUUGCUUUAUUGUCUCUACGGUUGAGUCAUUUUCCAAGGGAGUACCAAGAAAAUUUUCGUAUCUCGAGUCAAUGCUUCCAAGAGCAGCCUUCCUUGCCUUCACUCCACUUCGUGUCUCACGACCGCCGCCUAUACGCGGUCCUGCGGGAUUCGUGGCCGUUCGCUUCUCAAAGAACGGCAUGAUGCGUGAAUAAAGGGGAGACUGGACGGAAGUAAAGUCGGGAAGCUCAAAGCCGACUCUCGGGGUAGGAACCGAUCCCGCCGCAUCCACUCCUCAGAUGACUAGGAAGGGUUGUCUUCGAUUGUUUUUCCCGACCAUCUGGAGUGUCAUCUGCUCUCUACAACGCAGGGAGGGUGGAAGCGGCCCAUGUUAGCGUACCUAUUUCUUCUUUAUUGAAAAGACAAAGGAGGCAAACAGUGUCGCACAUGUUUGCUUCAGUCUCCAUUCUUUCUCGGUGGUCCUGAACUUAUCGUGCCUUUUCGGAUGUGGCCGGUAGACACGUAGUUUUGCCGCGAGGUCCCUCUGAAGGAUGCUCUCACUUUUCGCACAGAGGAGACGCCACUCCUCAUGUGCAUCCAGCGGGAUGCGUAUGAGUUGUGAUUUUUCUUUUGUGUGCAACAAGAUGUUCUCUCUGACUGCACCUUUUGCAUUCUCAAAUUUUUUUCUCUUCCACACGCAACAGCAGAGCCGAGGAAGGACCAUUCCUGCCCGUCCAAGCCGAACAAGGUACGAUGCAGCUUUACUUUUUCUCGCCUACCUCAUUUUAAACAGCACAGUCUUCGAUUCUAGAGAGGCAGGGAACGAACAGGAUGCGACUUGUCGCCUCACGUUACCGGUUCUUGCCGUCACGGCAAAGUCCCUGCCUCCCGCAGCAUUUGCCGAGCGCUCGGCUGCCGCUUCUGCCUCUCAGUCGGCCCCUUUUUCAAAUGAUUUCAACGUCGAGCAUGGAGGGCAGAACUCCCUUUCCGAUUUGUUUCUGCAAGGAGAGGUACGCGAUGGGGACCGAUUCGUGCAAAGGCACGAAAGGUUUUUUGCCGCACAUCGGCCGGACGAGGCGACAGCCGUCUUGACUCCGGUCGAAUCACGCAACGCAGUUAACGAGGAGCGCUCUGGACGUCCUUCAGCUCGUGUUGGACUGCUGAGCAUGCAGCGGGAGAAAGGGGAAAAACUCAAGCUGAACGCGGCCCAGCAACUACGAGCAGCUGCUGUUGUCGAAGCGGUGUUUGCGCAGCUGGCACAGUUCCAUCCUGAUGCCUACGAAUCCGCGAACGUCCGAGGCCUAAUCAAGUGGUGGGACGAUCCAUACAUUAUCAUUCUGUUGUGUCUCAUGUUUGGGGGCCUUGUAUCCAUGGGGAUAUGGUGCCUGGUAGCGAGCUACAGAUAGCGAUGUGAGAAGGAAACGAGACGAGGACGGACGAACUGGAUGCGGGGGGAGGAGCAUCAGCUGAAAAAAGACAAAGGAGGAGGGUGUGGCUGAGAGACAAAGGCACCCCCAGGUUAGAAAGCCGGGGAAAGCAUGCGUAGAGGCAGAAAAGAGAAAUCUUUCGCCUUCACUGUUUCAGAUGUCUCUGAAUCGAUUCAAAGACGAAAGGCGGCGUCUCUGGUGACCGUCGUGAAGGGGCACCGUGUGUGUUCUCUACUGUGGGGCACAACGGGAAGGCAAGGGAACCAGGGUGUAGGAGGUAACCAGUGCAGGGAGGAUAAAGUUCAAGUUUUUCUUCGGGAGGAAUCGGAGCGACUUCUUCCUUCAGGACGCGGCGGACGAGACCAGCUUCUAGUUGCGCAGACGAAAGUUAUUUUGCGUCUGCGCGAUCUUGCGGUACACGAAGGACCCGUGCGUUCACGUGCCUCUUCGGUUUCUUUCGUACCGUCUCGCUCCGGGCUCAGCGAAGAACGAAGGCAACUCUGUUGACAAGGACAUCCACUUGUACAGGCCCGAUGGCCUUUGCGCUUUGUGGCUGGAGGAGCUGCGCAGCUGCACAGACGCUUCUCUGGCAUGCAACACGGCUGUCGGUCUUUUCAGAUCUCGAUCCUGCCUUCAUAAAACGAAGUUCUCCAGUCAGUGACUGCCGUAGAUUCUGCGUCGAGCUGUCGCUGGUUCCUGUUUUGCCCACGCCAGCUGCGGCAACGGGCUCUUUUCUCGAGCAUUCUGAACGAAUCUGUUUUUAACGCAUGCAGUGGGACGUCGCUCCCUGUGCGACUGCGAGGAUAUGAGGCCGGCUGGCGGCUCUUCAAUUAUUUUUCAC